AUGGGCAGUCGGGAAAUAGAAGAACUAAUGAAAGAUCUGGAUGCUGAUAAUUCGGGCAAAGUGAGCUCCAAAGAGCUGCUAGCAGCUCUUCAAGGAUCCGGCAUUGACAUGGAUUCUGUCAAAGAUUUUAUUGCUGCGCAAGACAAAGACCACGAUGGCCAGCUAGAUAAAGCUGAACUAAAAGCCUUUUUCCAAUCACUUGGAUGCUAA